GCAGGCGUGCUGCCCGGUGGGGCUUUGCGGCGGGGCGGAGAUGGCGACUUUCUUCGGGGAGGUGGUGGUGGCCCCGUCCCGCUCCGGCGUGGACGAUGAGGAGGAGGCCCGCGAGGAGACCCCCGAAGACCGGGAGAUACGCAGGGAACUGGAGAAGAAAAGGGAGGUCGACGUCCACUGGACCUUGAAGUCCGGCGCGACUACAGGGAGCUCUCCCGGCGAGCCGUUUGUGUGCUCUAAAUUUAUAUUAGCAAUAGGACAUAACGCUGCAGCUUUCCUGUCAUCUUUUAUUCUGGAUUCUGUAUGUUGGGAAGUAGUUGGAAUUGUGAAGCUCUGGAAUGAGUGGUGUCGAACGUCCAAUACAACAAAUGUCCUCCCUACAGAUUCUUACUGUUUGUUCUACCGACUAAUAUCAGACCCAACAGUUUUGCUGUGCCGGUGCAGUUGCUACGUUGCUGAGGAUCAACAGUUCCAGUGGCUUGAAAAGGUUUUUGGCUGUAUGCAAAAGGAGGGCUUGCAAGUAACCAUUCUUUCCACGUGUCCUGUGGCUGACUAUAAAACUCAGGAAUCCACUUUAACGCUCCCAUCUCCCUUUCUGAAAGCCUUGAAAACAAAAGAAUUCAAAGAGCACGUCUGCUGCCCACUGCUGGAACAGCCCAACAUUGUGCGAGAUCUUCCUGCUGCUGUUUUGAGCUACUGUCAAGUAUGGCAGAUUCCUGCGGUGUUGUAUCAAUGUUACACUGAUGUCAUCAAACUGGACACGGUUACAAUUGAAGCGUUCAAGCCUCUGCUUUCCUCUAAAACCCUGAAGAGUUUAGUCAAGGAUGCAGCUGAAAGCACAAAGCUUUUGAAGAAGUUACUGACAACCAAUGAAGCUCACAAUAAUAUCUACAUCUAGAAGGGACAUUUGUGAUGCAGACUGCACUUUUGUAAAUUCAAGUUUCUUCUUUAGAGGACGUUUUGGAGUUGUAGUUGUUUCUUUAAAAGUGGAAUAAAUUCCAGUAGAUUUUUACUUCUGCACUCAUUUUUGUUACUUUUGAAUGCAUCACUACCAACACAUACAUUUCCUCUGCGUGGCUUGGGAGACUUUCUUCUGGAGUGAUUUUUAGGAAAGAGGUCUUGGAUGUGAAAAGAAACUUCUUUUUCUCCUCCUGAAGGGAUUGUCUUACUGAAACAUAAGCCUUUUUUAUGAGUAAAAGAGGAAAUGCAGUUAAGGAAUUCUCUUAGGUAAUGAGAACACGUAUUUUUUGCUUUACUUUGAGACAGCAGAGUUUUCUUUGUAUUCAGUCUUCUUUUAAGAUUUGUCUGUGGUGGAGAAAAUGCACUCUGCUGCUUUUUACAUAAAUAAUUAACGUGUCAUUUUGUGUGUGUGUAUUUAUGAAUGAUUGAUCCAAAAUAUAGUCAGUGAACUAUAGUAGACGCUUUUAAAACACUUACUGGUGGAAAAUAAUCUGAAGCUUGCUUUGCAAAUUAGUAAGAGGCAAGAAUGUGAAGCAGUUUUGAAUUGCAUGGAAGGGCUGCAACUUGGAUUCACUGAGUAGAUUGUCACACGUGUUCAGCGUAGCACCGCCUGCAGA